CUCCUCAAGAAGGUUUUCCUUCACCAGGCUUCUCCAUUGAACCGCUGUGUUCACAUGUCAUGUUGACUCAAUGAAACAGGAAAGGUUUCCCCCCAAAAAAGUUGUUGCUGAAAAACUGCAAAUCACUUCCAUAUUCCGAUAAAAAUAUAACUGUAGGCAAGAUCCUUUCUCUUUUAUGAAACUUUACAUUCAUUUAAAAAAAAUCACAAAAAAGAACUUUAACAUCAACACCACUUUCCUGAUGUUUUGCAGACGGUUGAUCGCUCACAGGAAACAAGGAAAUAUCUGUAGAGAAAUGAUGUAGAGAACUGAAAGAUGGAGGCUUGACAAGUCUGAACUGGAGUUGGUUCUGCAGUGGACAAGGAAUGUAAAUGCUGGUUCUCCAACCAUCUUCUUGUCUUCAUGGCAUCAUGGCUCUAAGGGACCCAUGCAGUGUUGCCUGGUGAGGCUGAGUUGGUGCAUGCAUAUGUGUGCAUGGAAGCGUUUGUGUGUCUGAAUCAUCAAGUUUCAUGAAGAAACCAAGAAGCACCGUGUGUCACAAUGCAGUCGACUGUUUCCUGCCUCACAGCUCCUCUCUCCAUUUUUUCUCCUGUUGCUUUGGACUGCCUCUCGUCUCUUCUUCUUUAUCAGAGUGCAGGCAUGUUGACUGAUGGAACCACUGGUUUUUAGACAGAGAGAAGAAGGAUCUCAAAGACGGACCUGAGUUUAAAGUGUCUCUGUACACAGGUCCAAUCCCGGCAGAGCGGGGAGGCGAGCUGGCCAUGGGGGGAGGUCGCAGCGAGACCUCAGCUCUGAGCGGGACCGGAGGCGGGCGGGGCGUAACGACCCAGAAUUCCCAACGGCCCAAUGCCUGCUGCUUUUGCUGGUGCUGCUGUUGCAGCUGUUCAUGUCUCACCGUCAGGAAUGAAGAGGAGCGGCGGAAACGGAGGAGGAGGUGGAAGAAAAUAUCGCAGGAUAACAAGAUGGAACCCAUAAACUGUGAAGCUUGCACCAAACCCUCAGUGGAGGAGAUCCGAUUGUGGUCUCAGUCAUUCGACAAGCUGAUGAGGAACCCGGCGGGUCGAAACGUUUUCCGAGAGUUCCUGCGAACGGAGUACAGCGAGGAGAACAUGCUGUUCUGGCUGGCCUGCGAAGACCUCAAGCAAGAAGCCAAUAAGAGCGCCAUUGAGGAAAAAGCCUGUUCCAUCUAUGAGGACUACAUUUCAAUACUUUCACCAAAAGAGGUGAGCCUGGACGCCCGGGUGCGGGAGGUCAUCAACAGGAAGAUGCAGGACCCCACGCCUCACACGUUCGAGGACGCCCAGCUGCAGAUCUACACGCUCAUGCACAGGGAUUCUUACCCGCGGUUCCUCUCCUCCAACAUCUACAAGGCGCUCAUUCACGGUGGCUCCCGCACCUCCUCGGAGUCUUAGUGCCACUCCUCCCUCCACCGUCCCGCAGGACUGCUGUCACAGCCUUUCAUCUCUCCUCUCAAACACCUGCAGCCUUUUUCUACCACAUUCGGAUUUUCUUCAGAACCAGAAUAUCUCCGACUGCCACGGCUUUGCUUUGCUCUUUUUCAAGUUUUCCCUCCUUUUUUUCUUUCUUUUGCCUCUUUUAACCUGACACCCCGGUUUUUCUUUUUAUCCAUCUGUCUUAAAACGCCUGCUAUAACACAUCCCAAGCAGAACUCGGAUCAGCGGAGCGGGUUUACACCGCCAGAAAAUUCUGAACCAAACUGACUGAGUUUGCAGGAUUCCGCCCCAAAAAAACAACACAACAACACAAAACUGCGAUCCUCGUCAGAGCAGCACGUCCCACACCAAACAGGAGUUUAUUUUUGUAUUCAAACUUUAAAGGGUUUUUAUGUAGAAUGUAUCACGCCGUGUUCUUUUUCUGUCUAAUCCAUGUUCUCCCUUCGGUUUUUUUUCCUGUUUCCUGCUUUUCUUUUCAAUUUUCUACCACAGUCUUUACUGACGGAGGCAAAAAAAACAAACAAUUUGGGAUUUCUUUUUUCUCUUUUUCGUACGUUUGGGAGAUGAGCGACAGAAUCUGCUGCGUCUCACCAGGAGAGAGUUUCAUCUGUGCCAUAAACUUUUAGUGCAUCUGAAAAAUGCUGGUUUUCUGUUCACCCUGCGGUUGCGCUUUCUUCAGGACGGUCAAGGAAAGACGGCAAUCGACGAGUCUCUCCCUGUUUCUGUCUCAGCUGGAGCCCCGGCUGCUCCCUCCGCCCGCCUCCACCGGCCCUCGCUGCCCUUCUUGCUCCCCUGCCGCCUCCCGUUUGCUCCUUUCACUUCUGUUGUCAUCAAACGGACAUAGGAAGGCUGCCGCUUCCUUCAAACUACUGAUUUACGCAAAGACCUGAUGUCUAUUUUCUAACAGAUUUCUCACUAAGGAACAUGUUCCUUUUGUUUCUUUGGAUUCUCCUGAUCGCUCUCGUCCCUGGACCCCCCCCCCCCCUUUUUUUUCUUCUUUUUUUUUUUUUUUUUUUCGUCAGGAGGAGGGAGUUUCUGCUGCGACUAUACUGAGUUCCAGCCAACAUCACAGAUGCUGCAAUAAAACACUGGAGUCCAGAAACGCACCGACAUGCACACACUUCAAGCACACGUGUGUGACUGUACUCACAGAGCGCGCUCUGGAAGGGCGCCAGGCGAUCAGGGAUUCCCGUAACAGGUGAUGACGCUUACGACCCAUCAGGCACAGUAACGGCAAUCGGCCAAUCGCACCGCAGAGGCUUGCUCCACGCUGACAUUCAAACUGAGCAUUGGAACAGGGACAGAUGAGGGUUUAAAUGAAGCCAACAGUUUGGUUGAGACCUCACUCAAACACCUUUGAAUUCAUGAGCCCCACUUGAAGGAAAUGUCUCCAGUGUGCUCAUCUUUGGGUGUCCUCUUGACUUCUGUUACUGACGCUUUGAUGAGAAGCUAUGUUCACACCAAGCGUGUUCUAGACCGUCGGUUUGGCCCAAUGUGUUCACCCCAGAGCAGGGAGGGGCUUCUUCUUCUUCUACAGUUUAUUAGCGCGUGUGCACCACCUACAGUCGGAAGAGGCUUGGUGCAAAAUGUCAAAGCGGUGUAAACCUCGAUCCAGUUCUUUUCUGAUAUAUCAAAGACAAUUUCCUUUUUAUGAUCAAUUUCCAAAUUGUUGGCACUUCCAUGAAUUAUAGCGGACGUCAUCCAUACGUCACUACCAAAUCCAAGUCCCUGAUUGGUCAAAGUUCUACCUGGUUUAACUGCCAACGCGCGUUCAACGGCUGUGCAUUUUGUGUGUAAAGCCCAAAAACAAUCAUAGAAACUUGCUAUAGCACCUACAUAGACUUUUCAACAAAGGUGGGGGCUUGAACGCAUGUUGUUGAGGGCGGUGUGAAUGUAGCUCCAGUCCUGCUGUCAUCCGACACUCAGGCAAAACGACGGCGAAGCGCCUCGGCCUGAAAAGAAACAAGUCAUUAGUCAGAGUGGUCCUGCAGCUGAGACGUCUCACUUUACGCUGCGUCUGUGUGAGCCUGCAGAGCGACAGGAGCAGACCUCUAACACUCCACACAGAACUCAGUGGUUCCCAAACAGACGGGCAGGUUUUUUUUUUUAAAUGUUAUCCUCAUCGGGUUUCAUUUGGGUUAGCUUUGCUUGAUGAACAUUUUUGUUCCAUGAGUUCAGAGGACCUGACCCAACAGGACAGGCCCCAGCAACCCCAUCACCCUGAAAGGGGGAUAGAAAAUAUUAAACAAAUAUGGAAAAAAACUUUUCAAAUUUGAAAAAAAAAAUCUAUAAAUGUGAAAAAAAAUCUGCCAGAGAUGAAAAAAAGGUCCGUCCAGCAAUUCUUAUUUUUUAAAACAAAAUUCUAGUAACUAAGACGUGUUUUCUCAAACUAAUAUUAUUUUUCUAUUGACAAUUUUUCGUGAAAAAUGAGUCUUUUUACUUUCUUAAGAUUUGGUUUUUGCAGAGCAUGUACUUCUCUCAAACAUAUAUGUAAUUUAUUUUUGUUUGUUUACAACUGAGAAUAAAAGUUUAAUUUGUUCUUUUAUAAAGAUUAAAAAUGCAUUGCAAUUGUAAAACAAAACAAAAAACUGAUCAGUUUUCUGCAAGACUGACAGCCUUGAGUCUGCCUCUGAGAGUACAGUAACACCAACACCCACACACACACACACACACUCCAGGGUGGCGUACCUGGGCCCUGCUGCUGCUGACCUCUGCCUCUGUGACCUCUCACCUUUUGUCCUUGACACUGUCAGAUGCUCCCGUGGACGCCUCCUCCUGAUUGGCUGCAGGGAUCCCCAUGGCUGAUCUGUGGUUGGUCUAUUCGCUGAAGGAGGUGGGAGGAAUUUCCAGAUGCAAAAACAAAAAAAAUAGGAACCAAUGAAACACGACUUGACAAAUAUUUUCUAAAACAUAAUGAAUAUGUGAAUUGGGAGGAUUCCACCCAGUGCUUCAUGGGAAAUGUUGUUUGGCGAGAACAAAUGUCUGUAGUUUAAAUUAACAGAAAAAAAAAGAUGCCUAAUUCUUUACUGGACUUGUCACUCAGAAUGCAUUUAUCUUAGUAUUGUUAAUGUUAUUUAUUUUAUAUUUUGUUGAAACUGUGAUUUUAACUGUACAUAUAUAAACAAAAACCCUUGACCAUG